AUGGACAGCGCGAUUGAAUCGUUUUCUACAGGCCCGCCCAUCUACCGACCUCCAAAGGGUCGGAUGGUGCUUGGUGAGGGGCCGAUCUACCGAGCCAGCGACUCCACACUGCACUGGUUUGACUGUCUGUCCUCUCCGUGCGAGCUUUACAUUCUUCCGACCGACCCAGAAACUGGCUCUCCUACGGGCGAGGAAGCUCGGAUUCUGCCUCUUUCCGACAGUGUCAGCGUUGCAGCAUUCCGUCAAAACAAGCCUGGUAGCUAUAUCGCGGCAUAUUAUCAGGGUGUUUGCUUUUUAGACGAGGCAAGCGGAACCUUUGAAGUCGUUCGUGAGAUCAUUCCCACGGCUGAGAGAGAUCAACGACGAUUCAACGAUGGUGGUGUUGAUGCUGCCGGUCGCUUUUGGCUAGCGGAAAUAGACGUUCGAGCUACAGCUUUCGACAUGGACCACUGGCCUGAGAGCUAUGGCGAACCUAAGGGGAGGCUGUGGAGGUAUGAUCCCGACGGCAGCUUGCAUCUGAUGAUCCCCGGUGGGAUUUUGUGUGGCAAUGGAGUGAAAUGGAGCCCUGAUAACAAGACGAUGUACUUGAAUGAUUCCAUGGGCAUGAAAAUCACGUCGCUCGACUUUGACCUUGAAACUGGGAAUGUUUCAAACCAGCGGACCCUCGUCGACUUUCGAGCCGCCAAGGCAGAGCCAGAUGGGUUGGUUACAGACAAUGAUGGCAACUUGUGGGUAGCCGUGUACUCUACCGGGAAAGUCAUGGUUUUCAACCCCGAAGGUAAAAAGCUCAAUGAGAUUGAAUUGCCCGCCAGAUAUCCAACAUGUCCUACUUGGGGUGGCAAGAAUCAUGACAUUUUGUACCUGUCAACCGCGAGAGACCGUACGGAUAAUCCGGAUCCCAAUGAUGAUGGUGGACACAUGUACAUGUUCAAACCAUCGCAGGCUCAAGGGCAAGCCAAGUAUGAGUUUGCGGGCUAG